AUGAGUCAAUUCAAGCAAUUUGGUGGUGGAGCCCAAAGCAAGGGCUUUAGCUCAUUCUCUGUGUCCAGAAGCAGUGGAGGUUUUGGAGCUGGUGGCGGAGCUGGUGGAGCUGGGGGAGCUGGUGGAGGUGGUGCUGCAGGCUUUGGUAGCAGAAGCCUAUAUAACUUCGGUACCAGAAAGAGCAUUGCCAUCACCACUGCCGGUGGCCAAGCAUUUGGAGCUGGAGCUGGAGGCUUUGGUGCAGGAGGCUUUGGUGCAGGAGGCUUUGGUGGAGGAGCUGGUGGUGGCUUUGGAGGUGGAGCAGGAGGAUUCGGUGGCUUUGGAGGCCCUGGCUUUCCAGGAGGACCCCAAGCUGGCAUUCAGGAAGUUACAGUCAACCAAAGUCUUCUUGCCCCACUGAAUUUGGAGAUUGACCCAAACAUACAAAAAGUCAGAGUUCAAGAAAGAGAACAAAUCAAAACAUUGAACAACAAAUUUGCUUCAUUCAUUGACAAGGUACGUUUCCUUGAGCAACAAAACAAGGUACUUGAAACAAAAUGGGCCCUUCUGCAAGAACAAGGAGGACAAAUCAAGGGAGUAGGCCCCAGAAAAGGAAACACUGAAGUCAUUUUUGAUGCAUACAUUAGCAGCUUAAAGAGACAACUGGAUGGUCUCCAAAAUGAUAAAUUUAGACUGGAUGGAGAACUGAGAAAUAUGCAAGAUUUAGUGGAUGAUUUCAAAAACAAAUAUGAAGAUGAAAUUAACAAACGGACAUCUGCCGAAAAUGAGUUUGUUGUGAUCAAAAAAGAUGUGGAUGCUGCUUACAUGAACAAGGUUGAGUUGGAAGCCAAGGUUGAUGCCCUGACUGAUGAAAUCAAUUUCCUCAGGACCCUGUUUGAGCAAGAAAUGGCCCAAGUCCAAGCUCAAAUUUCUGACACCUCAGUGAUCCUUUCUAUGGACAAUAACAGAGCAUUAGAUCUGGACAGCAUCAUUGCUGAGGUGAAGGCUCAGUAUGAAGAAAUUGCCAAAAAGAGCAGAUCAGAAGCUGAGGCUGUUUACCAAGGCAAGGUUAAAGAACUACAAGCAUCUGCUGGCCAACAAGGUGAUGCCCUGAAAAUCAGCAAGAAUGAGAUCUCUGAACUAAACCGCAAACUUCAGAGGCUGCGAGCUGAAAUUGAAAAUGUGAAGAAACAGAAUGCCAAACUUCAGACAGCCAUUGCUGAGGCAGAAGAUCGUGGGGAGGUUGUCCUGAAGGAUGCCCAUGCAAAACUGGCAGAACUAGAGGCUGCUCUACAGAAGGCCAAGCAGGAGAUGGCCCGCCAGCUCCGAGAAUACCAGGAACUGAUGAAUGUCAAACUGGCUCUGGAUGUUGAAAUUGCCACCUACAGGAAGCUGCUUGAAGGAGAAGAGACUAGGUUGUCUACAGACAGCAAUGUCAGCAUCUCUGUUGUCAGUGGAAAGACAAGCCUGGCUGCCGGUGGUGGUGGUGGUAGUGGUGGAGCUGGUGGAAGCUUUGGCUUUGGUGGUGGAGCAGGAGGUGGUGCUGGAGGCUUCUUUGGAGGAAGUGGAUUCAGCUCUGGUAGCUCCGCAGGCUAUGGCAUUUCAGCUGGCGGUGGCGGCGGUGGCAGCAGCAGUGGCAGUGUGAGAUUUGUUUCCAGCCAGUCAAGCUACAGAAGUUAA